UUUUAUUUUUCACAAGCAUGAUUUCUUAUUUUAUUUUUUUUCAUUCUUUUCUGUACAUUGUUUUUAUGAUAUCUAAUUCACCAUUACCCAAUAUAUCUCAAUGCUCCAUGGCUAGUAUCUUUCAAGAAAUGUUCAGUAAAAGUUUUAAAUCAUACAAAUCAAUAAAAGAUAAUCAUCAUAAUGAAGAAGAAGGAAGCGAUUUUAAACGAUUGAUCCAAAAACACAAGAAAUUAAGCAGCAGCAGUAGCAGCAGCAGCAGCCAAUCUUUGAUAAAAGUAGAACACAAAAAAGGUGAAUACCAUCAAGAUUCACCAGACUUUAGACCCAUUGUGUAUUUGAAUAAUACAACAAGCCAGCAACGUACAACUUUUGUUAGUUCUCUAUAUAAUUACUUUUUUCAACAUGAAGAUAGAUACUUUAAUCAUGACCGAGAAGAGCUUAGUAAAGAUAUCUUUCCAACCGGACAUAAACAAACAUAUUGAAGAAUAUCCUUAUUUUAUUUUGUAUAUUAAAUAAACUGUAAGAAAAUAAAAUAAAAAUUUAGAUAUUAAGCGUGUAUAACUAUUUAUUUCCCUUUUUUUUCUUUUCCAUCUUAAAC